AUGGCGGUCGAUCCCCUCGAACAACUGGUGCAGCAAAUCGACGCCAUCGAUACGUUCGUAAACAAUUUGAUGUUAAAAGUAGCUAAUGGCGAAGUUAUCACGGUCGUCGAUCUUCAAAGAGCGUUAAGAGAUGCUGCAGCACGCCCAUUACUUUAUGAAGAAAAAGAACGCUUACGAAAAGAACGUAAUCGGUUAGAUGGUAUCGUCGAUCAAUAG